UGUUCGAGGAACAAGCUCACUUGUCUUUUUUCUGCCUUCUCACUGUUGCCUGGUGUCAACCUACGCGGAGAACUGACAUCCCUCCGCCUCCUUCCCCCAGCGGCCGUUUUCAAUUUGCUUCGGCUUUUCUUAUCGUCGACUCUAUUGGCUUCUGUGGUGCCAGUCAGACGCUUUCCUUUCGCUCACUGGAGUUCAGCAGCAACAGCUCGGGAACAUCUGGCUACUGCAGCUCGCCUACUCGCCUGUUCGCACCGUCUUCCUGCAACCGCAGGUUGUUACGGAGUGCUGUUGAAAGUCAAUCUACUUCUUUUUUCCCCCCCUGAGAGGAUUUUGACGGCGCUGAUCGGAAGAAACGGGACCUUGUGUGUAAGUAGACUAGACUACAUUUUAUACGGACGUGCUUUCCACAGGAGAGCAGUGACGGAGUGGGUUGCAGGGAGAGGUUAUGUAGACAGCAUGGAGUUUCCGGACCACAGCAGACAUUUGCUCCAGUGUCUGAGGGAGCAGAGGCACCAGGGCUUCCUGUGCGACUCCACGGUGCUGGUGGGCGACGCCCAGUUCCGCGCGCACCGCGCCGUGCUGGCCUCCUGCAGCAUGUACUUCCACCUCUUCUACAAGGACCAGCUGGACAAGCGGGACGUGGUGCAGCUGAACAGCGACAUCGUGACGGCGCCCGCCUUCGCCCUGCUGCUGGAGUUCAUGUACGAGGGCCGGCUGCAGUUCGAGGCGCUGCCCGUGGAGGACGUGCUGGCCGCCGCCAGCUACCUGCACAUGUACGACAUCGUCAAGGUGUGCAAGAAGCGGCUGAAGAGGGAGGCGGGGGUGGGCGGGGCCAAGCGGGAGGACGACUCCUCCGGGCCCGGGAGCCCCUCCGAGGCCAGCGCGGGGCACCCCGUCUCCGGGGACCUGCUGCCUAGCGACGAGGACGAGGAGGCGAACGGCAGGCGGGGGUCCCCGGUAGGGAACGGGGCGUGGGAGGCGGAGCUGGGGGCGGGGCUGGGGGCGGGGAAAGCGGAGAUCGGCAGGAGCCCCUGCAGCUCGGCCGGCUCCGUCUCCCGGAGGGCGUCGGCCGACGCGGACUGCGUCCUGGACCUGUCCGUCAAGUCCGGAUCGGUGGGCGGGGCCGGGGAGGCCACGCCCACCAACCCGUACCUCUGCGGGGGGUCGACGCCCGGCCUGGCGCAGGUGAAGGUGGAGAGGGACACGGGGUCGGACGACGAGGGCCUGGGGGGGCGGGACUACGACGCGGACCACGACCACGCCCGCAACCACGGCCACGCCCGCAACCACGCCCACCUGGGCCUGUGCGGCGAGCUGGAGCGCGAGGACAAGGCCAGCGAGGACGAGGAGAUGCUGAGCCCGGAGAGCGACCGCGCCCAGGCCGACCCGCCGGGGCUGGACGGCGCCCUGCUGCCCUACGUCUCCAACAUGCUCGCCGGCGCCCCCCACGGGCAGAUCUUCAUGUGCCCGCUCUGCAGCAAGGUCUUCCCCAGCCCGCACGUCCUGCAGAUCCACCUCAGCUCGCACUUCCGCGAGCAGGAGGGCGCCCGCGCCAAGCCGGCGCCCGACGUCAACGUGCCCACCUGCUCCAUCUGCGGCAAGACCUUCUCCUGCAUGUACACGCUGAAGCGGCACGAGCGCACACACUCGGGCGAGAAGCCCUACACCUGCGCCACCUGCGGCAAGAGCUUCCAGUACUCGCACAACCUGAGCCGGCACGCCGUGGUGCACACCCGCGAGAAGCCGCACGCCUGCAAGUGGUGCGAGCGCCGCUUCACGCAGUCCGGCGACCUCUACCGCCACAUCCGCAAGUUCCACUGCGAGCUGGUCAACUCGCUGUCCGUCUCGGUCAAGAGCGAGGCGGCGGCGGCCGCGCUGGGCCUGCCGCCCGUCAGGGACUGGACCCUGGAGGACAGCUCGCAGGACCUCUGGAAAUGACGCGGUGUGAAAAUAAAAAAACGGGGCGCAAAAGCAGACUCUUUUUAAAUUAUGAAAAGACGUUUGAGUUGGGCAGAGAGGUAAGGGAGGUGGGGACAGGGUGGUGGUGUUGGUGGGAAAGGGCGGGAGGGUUUUUUUUAUUUUUGUUUUUUUCUAGAAUCGGUCACGGUUCUUAUACGUCCGUCUCAACCUUGCUGAAACUGCACUUUAGUCUGAAAUAAAUAUUACUACUGAUUUUCUUUUUGUGGGGGUGGGUGGGGGGAGGGGGGACUUAAUUGGAAAUGUAUCUGUAUAUUUCCAUUUGGGGUGAGUGGGGAGGGAAAUGGUUCAGUUUUUCUCUGGAAACAAAUGCAGAGGUAAUUUGUGGUUUAGCGUUUUAAUUAUUUCAGAUAUCUGGGUCUUUCAUGUUUGACUCGUAUGGUCAGAAGAUUUCACCUCAAGGCUUCUUGUCUCUUUGAAGGAGAAAAUUCACUUGUUUCAUUUGCAAAGUCUUUCACAUCUCAGAAGAAAUGCAGUUAAGACACUGAAGAGAUAUUAUUGUAGUACACUAAACGGGUACAGUGAAUACAUGAACAUACGUGCAGUGUGUGUGAGUGGGUUUUUGUGAGUGAGUGUGUGUGCGUGUGUGUGCGUGUGUGUGUAGCGCACUACCGUGGCUGAACAGGAUCGGAUCUUCUGCUGUGUUUAAUGUGGAUGUGUUUAACGUGGAUGUGGGUUAAGUGGAUGUGUUUUAGUGGAUGUGGGUUAUGUGGUUUUGUGUGAAGACUGGGAAGUGCAUAAGGAUCAGACACUGAAAGAUUCUAUUCCAUUACUGCACACUAGAUACUUUCUAACAAUCAGAUAGAAAACUAUUUACAUCCCAUGUCACAUCCAGAAUCCCUUUUCAGGAUCAUUUUAUAUCUAAUUUUGCCAAUAAUAAUAAUAAUGAUAAUAAUAGUAAUAAUGUAAUGGUUAACGAUAGUACAGUAUAUUAUUAUUAUUAUUAUUAUUAUUAUUAUUAUUAUUAUUAUUAAUAAAAAUAAUUACAUAUCCCCAGUGACAAUAAAUGAGCUUUCCUGCUGUGAUAUCCCCAGGGCUAAAAAUACAGAACACAAAGAGGACUUCCGGUUGCAAUACAUCAACCUGCACAAUAUCUGAAGUAGAAUAUUAAUUUUAACCGAAAUUGUUCAAAGCCUUUACACUUUACACUGACUGUACAAAUGCUGUUCAGUCUGUUAUAUGUUAUAAAUGUAUAUUAUUACAUUUGCAGAACAUGUAUGAAUUGAGUUUAAGAUUUUUUUUUUUGUAUUUAUUGCCAUGAAACACAUUUUAAUUAACUCAGUGUAAUGUUAUAUAUAUAUAUAUUUCUCUUAGACUUGUCACUAAGAGCUACCUGGAAAUGUUCUGUGGGACUGUGAAGAUUUUUUCAAAUAAUUUUCGGUUUGAAGUCAGCGGGUCAGGUGUGACUGUGGGCAAACGGUCCCUCACACCGCUGCCUGUGGUCGGGCUCGAAAACCGACGCCGGUCUCAACGCGAUGGGACGUUUUCUCUGCAACGUAAAGGCAAAUCACUCCAUUCUGGCGAUUACGGUUAGUGCGUUUUUACUUGUACCGAUUUGGCACUUCCACGCGGCUCUCUCUGAGGGGGAGAUGAUCUGUUUGCCCGAGCGCCCUGAAGAAGCUCUUUUCAUUUCACGUGCAUCGGUCUUUCACUGCUGCUGGUGACAAAAAAAAAACAAACAGAUUUCCUCGACAGAAAAAUCUAUGACUUGUGUUCAAUCUCAAUUAAUAUAUACUGUGUCAAUGCUAUGAAUUCAGUAAAAUCGAUUCGCACACGUAGACAUGAAUUUCAGGUUUUUUAUUUAUUGUUUUUGUUUAUAAAUUUCAAACGAAAUGAACAGCGUGUAGUAACUGCAGUAAUGGCGUGCGUAAUAUCGAGACAGACGAGGACUUGCCACCUCUCGCAGGCUGAUGUGCUUCGGCGCAGUGGAAUUCUGGGUGCUGGUACGCUUUCUCUCUAAAAGUCUGUGAUGUGGUUGGUGUUGACCUGCAUCGCUAAGGAGAUUGUACACCUUGGCUGAACCGACUCCAGGCAGAGUCUUUCUGGCCUCGGGGGAGGGGGGGAGGGGGGGGGUCCCUGAUAUCACACCGUACCCCACACAGCGUAUGUUGUGGCAGCGCCGGUUCUGAGCGCUGCGUUCGAAGGGUGCCGUUUUGCACAGUAACGGUUUCGCCUUCUUUUGCACUCACGUGAGAAGCUGGAGGAGAAUAUCACUGAAAAAAAACAUUUUUUUUUUUCUUUUUUUGAUUUUCUGUUAUAUUUUUUUCUGUUAUCUUAACAUGUUUGACCGCCUUAAAACUACUGUAAACCGUGUUAGUUUUUUUUUUUCUUUUUCUUCAGAAUGCUGUUUUUUGGAAAAACUAAAAUUGUGAACUUAAUUGCUGGAAUAUUUCUUUUCAUUUAUUAUUAUUAUUAUUAUUAUUAUUACGUAGGGGGAAAAGCUGUGAAAAUAUGACCUGUCAAGCAUCUCCAGGUAUUUUGGUUACUUGAAAACUAUGAAUUUCAGUGUAAAAAUAAAUUUAUUAUAUAUAGCCUAUAUAUAUAAUUGUAGAUGUAGGGGAAGUAAUGGGGGAAUAAGAAUGAUUUAAUAAUCUGUUUUAAAAAAAAGGACAAUCACUGUCUGAAGAAAAAGCUAUUUUUUUAAGGAUUUUGCGUUAAAUUGUUAAUCUCAACGAGGCAAUUUUCGGAGUUGUUAUUUGGUUGUUUGGAUUCAGAAUCUCAUUUAGCUUUGACAAUCAUAGUGUUUUUAUUUUCUCAAGGGGAGUAAUUUAUAAGGCUGUUUUAGUUUUGUACUUUUCUGGUGUGCUCUCAGUGAAAUUUUUAAAUUGUGUGCUUACUGUAAUAAAUUAUGAGAACUUGAAAAUUA